CAUCAUCCACCACUAUCAACAACGUUACUGCAGCAAUGCUUCCCUGGUCUUCUCUGCGUUUUAAAAUGCAUCAAUUUAUUCUGCAUGACUAGAGGAUAUAAUAUCUAUAGCUAAAUGGAGAUUACUCGUGCCAGACCAUCGCUGUUUGGAGAUAUAGCUCAUGGCCUGGGGUUCUGGACAGACCGUUCGGCGGUACACGAGGCAGCUGCCCAGGGCAAGGCUCUUCAGCUACAGAAGCUGAUCCAGGGAGGGGCAGCGGUCAACAUAGUGGCUGUGGACUCCAUCACCCCCCUCCACGAGGCCUGCAUACAGGGGCAGACACAGUGUGUCCGGUUGCUGCUGGACGCUGGCGCUCAGGUGGAUGCGCGGAACAUUGACGGCAGUACCCCUCUGUGCGAUGCCUGUGCUGCGGGGAGCCUGGAGUGUGUGAAACUACUCAUACAGCACGGGGCUACGGUCAACCCUCCACUGUUCACCUUCUCACCCCUCCACGAGGCCUGCAUGGGGGGUAACUCUGACUGCGUUCAGCUCAUGAUAGACGUGGGAGCUCUGAUGGAGGCCCAUGACUGCCACUUUGGGACUCCACUACAUGUAGCGUGUGCCAGACAACACUUUGACUGCGCCAAGGUGCUCCUCAAUGCAGGGGCAAAUGUGAACGCUGCCAAGCUUCACGAGACGGCGCUCCAUCACGCAGCCAAAGUAAAGAACGUGGAUCUGAUCGAGCUGCUGAUUGAAUUCGGUGGGAACAUAUAUGCCAGGGACAACCUGGGCAAAAAGCCCAUCAACUACACAAGUCAAGGGUCUCCCACCAAUAUCUGCCUAGAGUUCUAUGAAAAUACUCCCCUCAGUCUACAACAGAUCAGCAGGAUAGCUCUGAGAACAGGACUGGGCAGAAGAGCCCUGGACGACGUGUCCAAACUGGGCUUGCCCAAUCGCAUCACCUGCUACCUCUCAUACCAGCCACCACCAGAUCUGGACUUGGACUUUGACUACUUCUAACAAGCCCCGUCUUUUUAUGAGUCUGUUUUGUCUUAUGCCGAUCGAUUCCACCACAAUUAGCCUGGUCCCAGGUCUGUUUGUGUUCUUGCCAAUGCCAACUCAUUGGAAUGCUGACAUGUUUUAACCAAUUAGCAUAACAAUGGCUGAUAGCACAGACAGACUGGCACUCAGCCAAGAUGGGAAUGCAGAUGGAUAUAUUGUUUAUUUAUAGAAUGGCCAAGAUGCAGGGUAGUCAGGUCCCAGAUCUGUUUGUGCGGUCUUGCCAACUCCUAUGGUCAUUGUCAGGCUAAACAUGCUUUGACAACGACUAUAGGAGUUGUUUAUACAGUACACUAUUUUUUACUAUUUUCUACAAUAGUGAAGACAUCAAAACUAUGAAAUAACACAUAUGGA